AUGACUGUAUUCAAGGGACUUGUAUCAUUCAAGGAUGUGUCAAUCAACUUCACCCAGGCAGAGUGGCAGUGGCUGGACUCAGCUCAGAAGAUCCUGUAUAGGGAUGUGAUGCUGGAGAACUACAGCAACCUGGUCUCAGUGGGGUGUCUUAUACCCAAACCAGAUGUGAUCUCCCAGUUGGAGCAAGGAGAAGAGCCGUGGAUAACAGAGGUAGAGUUCUCAAACCAGAGCCUUCCAGAAAAAGUCUGGAGAGGCCAGAACAUCCAAGACCAACAAUCCAGUCAGUUAUUAAUCAAAAACAAAACACUGAUUAAUGAGAAAAAUAUUUCAUGUGCAAAAGCAUUUACUAUGGGUAUAAAUCCUGUAGGUUCAAGAAAAGUGAACUCUAAAUGUGAUUCAUAUAAGAAAAGUUUGAAAUAUAUUUCAGAAUUAAUGAUCAGUAAUAGAAACUGUGUAAGAAAGUUGACUGAUGAAGGUAAUGUAUGUGGGAAGUCACGUUUCAAUACUAAGCUUGAAGAAUUGUCUGCUGAAAUUAAUGAAUAUGAUAAAAAUGAGAAGGAUAUCAGUCAUAAUGAAUACCUUGUUCAGCUUCAAACUUUGGAGCCAGACUGUGGAUUUAAUGAAUCUGGAAAACACUUUUACAAGGCAGUCUCUGAUAGCCAAAAGAGAUCCCAUGGUGGAAAAAAACCCAGUAAUGAAUAUGAAAACACUUUCAUCCAAAAGUCAGUCAUCAGUAUAUAUGAGAAAACUCAUAUACAAAAGCCCUUUGGAAGCAAUGAACAUGGGCAAUCCUGCACAGUGUCAAAACUCACUGAACAUCAGAGAGCUCAUACAGGACAGGAAUCCAGUGAAUAUAAUGAAUGUGAACAAGCAUUUAAGAUUUCGAACUUUAAAUAUAAGAGAAUUGACACAGUGAAGAAACUUUAUGAGUUUACUGAGUGUAGGAAUGCCUUAUACAAGAAGUCUCAUUUCAGCCAUAUUCAGAGAACUCACAUAGAGAAAUCCUAUGAAUGUAAUCACUGUUGCAGAACCUUCAACAGAAAAGCACACCUCACAAAACAUCAGAGGAUACACACAGGGGAGAAACCCUAUGAAUGUAAUGAAUGUGGCAAAGCCUUUUACAACAAGGCACACCUCACUAGACAUCAGAGAAUACACACAGGGGAGAAACCCUAUGAAUGUUCUGAAUGUGGGAAAACUUUCUGUGUGAAGUCAACACUUACCGUGCAUCAGAGAACACACACAGGGGAGAAACCUUAUGAAUGUACUGAAUGUGGGAUAACCUUCAGUCACAAGUCGACACUCACUGAACAUCAGAGAACACACACAGGAGAGAAACCCUAUGUGUGUACUGAAUGUGGGAAAACCUUCUGUGUAAAGUCAAAACUGACUGUACAUCAGAGAAUACACACUGGGGAGAAACCUUAUGAAUGUAUUGAAUGUGGGAAAACCUUCAGUGGUAACUCACACCUCACAGUACAUCAGAGAAAACAUACAGGAGAGAAGCCCUUUGAAUGUACAGAAUGUGGGAAAACAUUCAGCCACAAGUCUUCCCUUGUUGAACAUCAGAGAACACACACUGGGGAGAAACCCUAUGAAUGUACUGAGUGUGGAAAAACCUUCAGUAGCAAUUCAAAUUUCAAAGUACAUCAGAGAACACACACAGGAGAGAAGCCCUAUGAAUGUACUGACUGUGGGAAAACCUACAGUCACAAAUCAAGUCUUAAUGAACAUUGCAGAAGACACAGUGGACAGAAGCCCUGUGAAUGUGAUAAAUGUGGUACAUCAUUCUGCCACAAUUUGGUCCUUACUAAAUACCAGAGAAUUCCAAAAGGAAAGAAGAACUAUGAGUAUAAUCUAUAUAAGAAAUCUUUCUUGCUAGAAGGCAAACUCCAUAGUACAUCAGAUAGCACACCUGGGAGAAGAAGUCUUUAAAUAUUUUAAAUCUCAAAAACCCCAAAAUCAAGUUCAUGAAUCAAAUUCAUGGUAUGGCAAAGAACUGAUGAGGUGAAACAUUGAUCAUCAAAGAAUCAUAUAAUGAAAUACAUUAAAAAAUCCACUUCUAUAAGUAGCUAUAACUAAUUGUACAUCAGAUUAUUAGUCUAUGAUUGAAGCUUUGUAGACAGUUUGAAUAUGUUUUAGCAUUUGACGAGAUUUCAAAAAAUUUUACAUCAGAGAAUCCAUUUAGAGGAAUCUUAACAUGAAAAACUAUAUACAAAGAAAUAAUAUAUCAUCACAGUUUUAAUAUCAGAUGUAAUGUGAAAUAUUUUAUAGAAUAUAAGCCAAUAUUCUGAUAUGUAUAUGGGAAUGUUGAAAAAUAGGAAGUCCUUUAAAAUUUGAAUAAGUUAAAUGAUCAAGGCAUAGAAUUAAGCAUAUAUAAAC